UAUUGAUGUAACAAGGACGACAAGUGAGCGCAAAUCAGAUUUCGUUUACUUUCCUUCUAACCCUCCUAACCACUGCUUAUUUCGCAUUUUGUACAAUCGAAGUUUCGUGGGUCGUUGCUGGUGGAACAAUGGGCAAGAUAAUUUUAUUCGAAGACGUUGAAUUCGGGGGAAAAAAGUUGGAAUUGGAAACCUCAGUGUCGGACUUGAACGUCCACGGUUUCAAUGAUAUUGUGUCGUCGAUUAUUGUCGAAAGUGGAACUUGGUUCGUUUUCGACGACGAAGGGUUCAGCGGUCCGUCAUAUAAGCUUACCCCGGGGAAGUACCCUAACCCGGGAUCAUGGGGCGGCAACGACGACGAAUUGUCAUCGGUGAAACAACAAUGAUUUUUACGUCACAAUAAAUGUGAAAAUAAAGAAGCUUUUGUUGCGUCA